AUGCUUUCGUGUGCUGGAGCUGAUAGGCUUCAGACUGGUAUGAGAGGUGCUUUUGGAAAAGCGUUGGGGACUUGUGCUAGGGUUGCGAUUGGUCAGGUGCUUUUGUCUGUGAGGUGUAAGGAUGCUCAUGGUCAUCAUGCUCAGGAGGCUCUGAGGAGGGCUAAGUUUAAGUUCCCUGGUCGUCAAAAGAUUAUUGUUAGCAGGAAAUGGGGAUUUACUAAGUUUAACAGAGCAGACUUUACGAAGUUGAGGCAAGAGAAGCGUGUUGUUCCUGAUGGUGUUAAUGCUAAGUUCCUGUCAUGUCAUGGACCUUUGGCUAACCGUCAGCCAGGAAGUGCCUUUUUGCCAGCAACCUAUUGA